CACGCGAAAGGUGAUAUUCCCCUGGAGGGUGUUCAGGAGGAAGUGGACACGUUCACAUUCGAGGUCAUUUCAUGUUAUGUCGGUCAUGACACAACAUCAGCCAGUAUGAACUGGUUCCUUCAUCUGAUGGGAGUUCAUCCACAAAUCCAAGCGAAAGUACAUAAAGAGAUCGAUGAGAUUCUCGGUGAAGAGGAUCGACCGAUUACAUACGAAGAUCUUGGUAAUCUACGCUACCUGGAAGCAUGUCUGAAAGAAGCGUUGCGUUUGUUCCCGAGUGUGCCCAUUAUAGCUCGUCUACUAACAGAGGACACUAAAAUAAAGGAUCGGAUUUUGCCGAAAGGGAUGGGCGUUGUUAUUAGUCCAUCAAUGGUACAUCGUGAUCCCAAAUAUUGGUCAGAUCCUGAGGUGUAUAAUCCGGAGAGAUUUAUCGAUAGUGAUUUCAAACAGCCAUAUUCCUACAUUCCAUUCUCAGCUGGUGCUAGGAACUGCAUUGGUCAACGUUUCGCGAUGAUGGAAGAGAAGUGUGUAUUAGCCACAUUACUACGUCGUUUGAAAAUAAAGUCGAAAUUAAGGACCGAUCAAAUGCGUGUUUCAGCUGAACUGGUGAUCAGACCGAUGCUCGGAAAUUAUAUCCGUUUUGAGAAACGUUCCUACGGUGAUUAUGUGCAGAUCGCUUGA